CCAAAACCCCUCAAUUCAACCCCAUUCCCAACCCACCAUGAUUCACUUUCGAAAACUCAAUGCUACCCCAAAUCCCUUUCGCCAUAAACCCUCGCAAAACCCUAGAUUUCAGAGCACAAAAAGUAGAACCCCUGAAUCGGAUGCCAAAAUCCCUGGCAAAGCCACCAUAAAAGAAGUCCAAGCAGCAUUGUUAGAUUACCUUCAUUCCACGAGAAGCUUGCAGUUCUUAGACGCAGAUAACAUGUGCAAAAACUCCCCUUUCUUCCUCCGCGACCUUUUCAACAAAACCCUAUCUCAAAACCCUCACGUGGACACCAUGCGAUCCAUCCAGCGCUACCUCCGCUACCACCCCAUCAAUGAGUUCGAACCCUUCUUCGAAAGCGUGGGUUUGAAACCUUCCGAAUACGCGCCCCUUCUUCCCCGCGACAUGAUUUAUCUAAACGACGACGCUCUGUUGAUGGAGAAUUACCACACACUCUGUAACUACGGCGUUCCCCGCCCCAAGAUGGGGAAAAUUCUCAAGCUUGCGCCUUUGGUGUUUCGCUACCAAAGUGGGGUUUUGAUGUCGAAGCUUCGGGCUUAUGAAAAUUUGGGUGUCGCACGGACCACAUUGGUGGCCAUUGUUGUUUCUAGCCCUUGCAUUUUGGUUGGGGAUGUUAACAUUGAUUUUGUUAAGGUUGUGGAGAAGUUGAAGGGUGUUGUUGCAAAAGAUGGUGAUUGGGUUGAAGGGGUGUUGGUAAAUGCGGGUUGUUGUAAUUGGGAUCUUGUGCUUCAGCUUUUUUGUUUGCUUGAUAAGGUUUUCAGUGCGGAACAGUUGGGUGAAUUGGUUGUUCGUAACCCUUGUGUUGUUUUUGAGGAGUCUGGUGGUAGUGCAUUCUCCCUGAUUGCCUUUUUGAUCAAAUUUGGAUUGUCCGUGAACAGGAUUUCACUCAUGUUUCUUGAGUUUCCACGGAUUCGGGUAGGCAAGUUUCUGUCUAACUUAAGGCGGUGUUUACUGUUCUUUAGUGAGAUUGAGAUGCAGACUGUGGAGAUUGCGAGGAUUUUCCAGUCUCAUUCGGCCCUGUUGGGUUCCUUCACUUUGAAGAGAACAACAAGUUUGCUUUGUAGCUUGAAUGCUGGCAAGCAGCGGCUCUGUAAAUUCGUGCGGGAGAAUCCUGAGGAGAUGAAGAAAUGGGGUCUGGGAUGUAAGAUUGAGCCUUUGGGAAGAAUUGAGAGGGAAUCGAAGGUGUUGAAGGAACAGUUCUUGCUGAGCUUAGGAUAUGUGGAAAACUCAAAAAAAAUGAAUGAGGUGAUCAAGUUGUUUAGAGGUAAGGGAGCUGGGCUUCAGGAGAGAUAUGAGUUUAUUGUUAAAGUGGGCUUGGAUGAUGAGGUUGUCCGUAAAAUGAUUCGAGAUUCCCCUCGGAUUCUUAAUCAAUCCAUAGAUUCGAUGAACAUGAAAAUUGGGGUACUUGUAAAUGAAGGAUAUCCUAUAUCGGCUUUGGUGAAUUUCCCUUCCUUUCUCUCGUAUUCAACUCGAAGAGUUAAGCUUAGGUUUUCUAUGUAUAAUUGGCUCAGAGACCAUGGAGCUGCACAACGGGGGCUUGCCUUGAGCACUUUAAUUGCAUGCUCUGAGAAAGCAUUUGUGCAGCUGUAUGUGAAUCGUCUUCCAUCUGGCCUACAAGUUUGGCAGAAUUUGAAGGCAGAAAUUUCGUCUGAGGUUUAA